AAAACUCCCCUCUGCCAAGUCGCACGUUUUGGCCCAAGGCCCUGCGGCCCCCCAGCGGGCCGGGCUGCGGGGCCACACCCGCGAGGCCAUGGGGCGCCCGGGCGGGCCUGCGCGGGCAGAGCGGGGCGGGGGGAGAGGGGGCUGCGCUAUUUUACUUUACAUUUUAUGUUAUGUAUAUUUUAUAUUUCAUAUUUUAUUUUAUUCUAUUCGCCAGCUUCCUUCACCCAACUGCCGCCGCGCCGCGCCUCUUCCCGCCCCGCUCCGCCCCCGCGGCCGCGCAUUGUGCGACACGGCCCGGCCCGGCCCCUCCGCGCCGGGAGUGGGGGGUGGCUGGAGGCUGGGGCCGAGCCUGGGGGCUCCCCUCCACGCUGGGAGGGUCUGGAAGAGCUGCUGGUGGCACCGGGAUCCUGCGGGUCGGCUGCUGGAAGCCUUAUUCAUGCAAUAUCCACAAUGGAGUAAUUGCCGUGUUCCAGCGUAAGGGUCUCCCGGACCAUGAACUUUACAACCUCAAUGAAGGAGUCAGGCAAUUAUUGAAAACAGAACUGGGAUCCUUUUUCACUGAAUAUUUACAGAAUCAGCUGCUCACAAAAGGCAUGGUGAUCCUAAGGGACAAGAUCCGGUUUUAUGAAGGGCAGAAACUACUGGAUACUUUAGCUGAAACCUGGGAUUUUUUCUUCAGUGAUGUCCUGCCCAUGCUUCAGGCUAUUUUCUAUCCUGUGCAGGGGAAGGAGCCCUCGGUUCGGCAGCUGGCUCUUCUACACUUUAGGAAUAUAAUUACCCUCAAUAUUAAACUGGAAGAUGCAUUAUCACGUUCCAGAGCAAGAGUUCCACCAUCUAUUAUUCAGAUGCUAUUAAUACUCCAGGGUGUUCAUGAGUCAAAAGGUGUGACUGAAGAUUAUUUGAAACUGGAAUCUCUGAUCCAGAAAGUGGUUUCACCUUAUUUAGGCACAUAUGGCCUGUAUUCCAGCGAUGGACCCUUCACACACUCUUCCUGUAUUUUGGAGAAGCGGUUCUUCAGGCGCUCCAAGUCAGGUGACAUCCUCACCAAGAACCCCGUGGUGCGGUCAAAAAGUUACAAUAAUCCACUGUUGACACCAGUAGCUGAGUAUGAAACUGAGGGCAUGGCUGCCAAUGGAACAGGCAUCCGAAGGCACUCUGUUUCAGAAAUGACCUCCUGCCUGGAGCUCCAGGGGUACUCCAACCUCACCACCGUAAUGGACAAUGGUUCCAAGAACUCCAUGACAGCCACGAAAAACUCACUGUCAGGAGAUCAGGAAAGGUCAAGUGCUGGGUCAGUGGAAUGCUCUGGCAAGCUUGGCACAGCUGAGCAACAGAAAGGACUCUUCCACUCAAUGGAUGACCCACACAGGUCUUUUGAGUUGGACAGGGACCCAUCCUUGAUUCCAGUUCCUUCUUCUAGCCCUGAGAACAUAGUGGAUCAAAUUUUAGAGUCAAUUGACUCUGAUUCUGAAGGCAUUUUUAUUGAUUUCGGCCGAGGCUGUUCCAGUUCAUCAGCAUACAAUGUGGACGUGAACAGACAGAGCAUCAUGUGAAGAACAUCGGGAUACAGACCUUGGGUUUUAAUAUUAUAUAUGAAAACUACUAACGCGUUGAGCCAGACUGUGGACAAACUAUACAUGUCUAGGGCAGAACCUGUGUUGUAGGUUAUCACAGCUGUAUUGAAGUAUAUAAACACAACAGUUUACAAGCGGGAAUCUAUUGCAGGGGAGAAGAAACCUCAACCACUUCUCCAUGUCCCCACCACUGCAGUCUGAUUUCUUACUGUCUUUCUAAAUUUAGGGAUUCACAAACUGAAAAGUGUCUGCUAAAAUGCUGUUAGUGCAACUGGCAGCGUUUAUUCAGUAAUACAGCCUAGUAAAUUACUGUGUUCACUAUUAAUUUUCUCAAGAGAUUCCUGUAGAAGGGCAAGUUGUACUCUGAACUGUAAGACAUCAGCCAGAGCACAAAACCAUAUCCUUUUAAAAAGAAAAAAAGUCUGUGGCCCUUCAUGCCACAGAAUAUGGUGAUAAAGAAGUCUCUUUUAACCUUUUCUUGUACAUCUUGUGUGCACUCCUUUGCCCAACAGUGAGUUAGAGUUCUCAAAGAAAGGCAAAUAAACAGAAAUGCGCUACCUGAUGUCAUGCAAUGCUUGAUGCUGUUUCACAGCCAAUGCCUUGUGUCUGUAAGAGAGUUGUCAUGAAACUGGUUUUUAAGACCAUGUUAAUUUGCUCUGAAUAUGGCACUUUCAAGAAAUCUGCGUACUACUGACUCAUGGAGCAUCCAUUGUAUGGAGAGGUUUCAGCAGAAUUCAACUUAAUUGUUUCCUAAAUAAAUAAAAAUAUGGCCUCUCAGUGGAAAUCCUCAUUAUAUAUUUAUAUUCUUAAAGGAACACCAUAAUGCCUAUACUGUAAAUUAUGUAUUGAUACUCAGGGAUUGUGAGCCUUGCAGCUCUCCUAAUCCUGAGUACUUUCCACUGUUCGUCGCUAGCAGUAAUAGGGUAUGAGAGAUGUGUCAGUGGUUUUACAGCAGAUUGGUACAUAUGAUACCAAUGUUAACCAGAAAUCCUGAUGCCUGACAGAUUUUGACCAGAUGGCUUUGCAGUCUAUGCAGUGUUGCUUGAGGUCUCUCUGUUCCAGGCAUCUCUUCUGGUGCUGAGAGGCAGUAGACCCCAACAGAGCUGCUCAGCAAAGAUGGACAUCCAUUUGGUGUGUCAGGGCCUGGUUCUUAGCUCAGACAUUCAAGGACUCUCCAGCUUUGCUCUGCAUUUGUGCUGCUGACCCCAAAAUUCACCAAACCUGUCCCCAGAUUUUGAUUACUAGGCCUCUAGUGGGGCCUAGGCUCGAGGCCCUACUUCUGAUACUUAAUUUCCUUUGGCUUUGCUACUCAAUCUUCCUGAAAACAGCUCAAUCUCUUGCUACCUUCCUGCUUCUGUGCUGGAGUUUUCAGCCUCCAGAGGGAUAUCCAGGCUCCCCAUAACACAGGGAUUUGAGAACCUCAGAAGCCAGCUGACGAAGGAACCCCAGAAAUACGGUAGGGGGUUCAGUGUCUAAUUUGUGUUUGGCAUGUUCAGCUGUGCAGCUUCCCCUACUUUAGGCACUUACAUCAGACUUCUUUUCUUUUACACAGAGAUAAGCAAUUUCUUUCAUGUCCCAGUAGUCCCAAAUCUAACAACCAAGGAACACAUCCUCGUGGGGAAUGUGAGCAUUCAGACCCAAGCAGGUUGCAAGAGCAACUCCAGUGACUGAAGGAAACUUUGAUGCUCAGUGAACAGAAUAGUUUAGGAGUCAGGCCCUCUAGCCCUCUGGAUGUACAACUUAAAACCACAGAUGAUUAGACCACCCAUUUGGCUGCUUUCUGACUGUGGUGAAGCCUCUCAUCCCACAGUUCUGCCCCGUGGCAUGCCCAAGAGCACUUCAGUCCUGGUGGGGCUGAGCAACCUGGCAGCAACCUCACAGCUGAGGCUUCCCAGGAUCAUACCAACUGGAGUUGGUGCUGCCAAUAGGAGUUUGCCCACACUCUCUUCAGAUAGGGAGCAGAGGGGGCCUGCAGUCUCAAGUCAUGUUUGAGGCCACAGUUGGCCUUGUAUAAACAACAGGAGAGAGAGAGGAGGUUGAGCUGUACUUGGAUCCAAUAUAUAAAGGAUCAGUGACUCCCAAAAAUGGAGAGCUCCCAUUCUGUUCUCUCUCUCUCUCUUUUUAUUUUUUCCCUCUUGAUUAGUUACUGUCCUCAGCCCAUGCCCUCAUUCCUUCAGGCACGGUUCUGUUUCCUGAAUUACUGUGUAGGUUCGAGAAAGAGAGUAACUACUGCUUUGUUCUAAGGACAUGAUGCAGGGGAGGACAAAACAGAUUCAAGUCCAUACAAGAAAAGUUAUAAAGCAGCAUAUCAAGAUCUGUGCACACCUUCUUCUUUUAGGGAACAUUAAAUGAAAUGAGAGUCAUAAGUUUAUUUGAUCACUAGGGAAUAAUUAAGCAUAGUUUAAACUCAGAGGAGAAAGGGACUGCUAGGACCCUUCCCACCUGAACUUCUGCACAGUUAGUGUCGUCCUCCUUGGUUGGAGAUGUUGAAUCCCCCAGUAUGCUGAGAAUGAAGUAACCUCUCCCACCUUGCAUACAUGGAGCUACUGAAUGAAAAUCCUCCACAAGCUGUUUUAAAAGGUUACUUAGGGAUAGGAUUCAAGACUAAUUCAGCUAUCACAGAGUAUUGUAUCAUCACAAUCCAGCACUUGAAUCUAGCUUUUACAUUUCUAAUUCUUAUACUUAAUGUGGACUCUUCUGAGUCAAAACUAUCAGCAGAAGGAUCUUCUUUCUUUAACAGCAGGACCACACUGGGGUUGUGAUGGAAAGAACAGCAGAAAAACAAAGUUAAAGCCCAGCCCAACCCCCAUACCUGUGAUUAUCAGCAGUGAUAGGGUUGAACGAGUAUUUAAGGAAGUUGAAUGGAGACCUGUUAAUUGUUCUUAGGUGGUGAGAUGUUCUAUAAGCUCUGUUGAGCUGAAAGUAAAAGAUUAUCUUCUUUAGGAUGAAGAGGAUCCUAAUUGGCUUGCAUUAAAGUAAAUUAACCAGAUGGUGCUGUAAUGGACCAGGCUGAGUUCUGCUGUGGUUUAGAGCUAGCUGAACUAAAUUUGCAUCUCUGCUAGCAUAUGAGGUGCUUAAAGAAGUCUUUUUUGUCUGCUUUGUAAAAGCUUCUUCUGGGGUAAUGACUAAAGAGGGAGCAAACCCCUUCUAACUCUAAGGGUUCAAGCUGCAUUUUCAGGACUAUUUGUUUGAUUAAACGAAGCAUUAGACUCAGCAGGCUUGCUGUGAAGAGCCUGAAAAUCUGAAGUUGGAGUGAAGUUCCUUACUGUAAUGGUGAUAGGGUGGCUUUUUGCCUCUCUUUGAAGUUCAUAUUAAAGCAUGCAGGCAGAUAUGACUGUAAACUGAAAAAAAAUGGGUAUGGUGGUCCAGAUAAUUCCUGUGAAAGCCACUAUCUCUGUUGAUCUCAGAGAUGAAAAUUAUGAUCAACUCAUUUCCCAAGAAGUGGCGUUACUGGUGGCCGGACAGGGUGCAGAUGUGUUCUAUCUUAGUGCUUUGAGCGUUUUUACUGGUGUGUUUUGUAUUUGCAAGUUCACGUGUGUGAAUCUGCUCGGUUUGUGCAUGUGCAAGGUAUAGACAGGUAUGGAGUCAGACAUGGCAAAUUGUGUGAGUGGUGCUGAGCCCAGCAUAUGAAGGCAGUCAAAGCCCAGUGUGCCAGUGUUCUAUGAGUUUAGAUGCUCAGAUGUGAGACUGUACUGACUUGCGGUGCUUCUACUAGUAAACCAGCUGCACUCAAAUCAGGGAUGCUGUAUUCUUGGAGCCAAGUCAUGGAGUCAUUAUGAAGGAAAAAUAAAUGUCAGAGAGUGGUGCAGGGUCAUACCAAAAUAUAUCUAUGAAGCGAUAGCUUCCAGGUUUCAAAUGCUGCUGUUUGAUAGUGUCCUUGUGUGCCAGUCACAGUCAGACUUUGUCCUGAAGUGGCACUCUCAGUAUACCAGUUAUUCCUCUCUACCCUUCCUUUGUUAAAAUAAACCAUGGCAUCUUACCUUCUCAUCCAAAAAUCAAGAACUCCCUGCUCUUUCUCUGGUUGGGAUGGCUUCCAAAAUCCUGUGAGGGCCAUACAAAGCAACAGAUAGCACUUAAAAUUCCUUUCAUCUGGCACUGCAGGGUGAACAUUGUGCAAGCAGAAACAACUGGGAGGCUAACCUAAUGAACAGCUGCUAAGCGCUAUGGAGAAGUAAUAUAGCUCCCUGGAGCACAACUGGAAAUAGCAGAAUAAUUGACUGCAAAUAAUACUGCCCAAAUGGAGGCCUUUUUUUAUUAGAAAUGGGCAAAAUGACUUUCCUUUAUUCAAUUAGCUCCUGGCAAGCUGUUUUUGAUGAGCACUUUUGACUAAAACAAAUGUGCUUGUUGAUACCAUCUGACCUGGUAAGCUUCAGUGAUAGAAGAGCUUGGAGCCUCCCCCAUCUUCUAGACUUGCCCCUAGUAAUGUAUAGGCAUGCAAAUACGUCUACACAUCUUCUGUCUCUGAAGCUCUAGUUAGAGAUGUGUAGAUUGCACCUUCUAUUAGGAUAGCAUCCUGCAAGAGCAUGUCUGAAAUAGAGAUGUCAGAAAGUCCUUUAAGUUAAUUUCUGGCAGCAAUUGUAUUAAUGACCUUCCUGAUGUCUUGCAGCAUGAACCAACACCAAAAAUUCUCCUUAAUCCUCUAACUGGCAGGCUUGUAUGUGUCCUAUUGCAGCACUUCCAGCAGCAUCUAAAAGCAGUUAGAAAUCCUUGUUUCCUCUAACUUAGCCUGCCCAUUAAAUGUGCUGCUUUCCAGCCAGCAAGAGGGAGGAUGUCUCCUGCACAUGAAUACUCUGUCCAGUCCUGGAUGCUGGAACUUCUCCCAGCUCUGGUCCACUCGCCCACUCCAAAACACAAACGCUUCUUCAGCAGUGUCAGUUGUGUGUUAGGUAAAGAGUGCAGAUGUCUGCAGAAAGGUGCUUUGUUGGGCUGCAAUUCCCAGCUGCCACAAGCACAGGUCAGCACUCUGCACUGGUGAGGAACAAGAGGCUUUGCUUGUGGGUUGGUUUCCUAAACAAACUUUGUGGAAGUGAAAAAUUUCCUGCUUCACAUGAUGCCAAGGCAAGAGACUGAAAAGUGUCAAUUCACAGGCAUGCUGCCCUGGAAAUUUCUCUUUGCACUGCCACUUGGAAAAGGUACAGAGCCUGGCCCUUUUUGGAAUGAGGUGAUAUUGCAAACUCAAACUUGUCCCUCUUUUUUGUUGUUGUAGGUUGGGUUUUGUAUGUUUUCUUUGCCUGGCGUUUAGGCAUUCAUUCACUCUGUGUUCUCCACCUUGAAUAUACAGAGAUAAGACUUUCAUUUGAGAUUUUUUUCUCAAAGCAGCAAAAGUUUGAGGGGGGAAAAAAGUAAAACAGGUACUGCUUGAGCCAGCAGUGCUGCAGACAACAUAUGCAGUAAUUUUAAUAAUACAUAAAUCCUUGCCACCAAGCUCUCCAGGAGAAUAAACCACUUGGUUUACAAUUGGAGUCUUACUUGCACCUUUCCACAAAAGGAUAGAAGGGGUGGGAUGUGGGGGGGGGAAUCCACAAUUUCUAAAACGGGAACACAUUUUGCCUGGAAGAGCAUUCUCAUGUUGCUUUCUUUCUACUUGUCAUGGUAGCUACAGCAGCAGAUUGCUGCGCUUAGAUAUUUGUAAGCACAAGACAUGGUGUUUGGCUGCUACGGUUGUACUUGCCUUGCAAGCAGCAAUUUGUGUCUUCUCUGAGGAAAAAGCAACAUCUGGUGGAAAUGCCUGGGAGCUGGAUCUGGCUCAUGGCCCACCAGCAUGGCAGCCUUCCUCCAUUCCCCUGUGCCCUGCAGAGAGAGGGGUGGGUUGUUGUGCUUCGGUUCAUAGAUCCCAAUUCCUCUGCAAAUGGAGAAGAUGAUGUUUGGGACUGGAAGAGCAGGCCCGCAUCUCGAGUUGGCUGCUAGGGAUCUCUGAGGGACUGAGGUUAGAUCAAGUGGCUGAGCUCCCUGAGAUAUUGAGAGAAGUGCCAAACAGUGGUUCACAUGUCAUUUUGGGUUGUCCCAGAUGACAGCAAACUCCCCCAGGUGCUCUGCGCUGGCUUCAUCAAAGAAACAGCUAAACUCAACUGGUUUUAGCAGACUCAGAGUUAGGCUGAUGCAACACUUUUUUUCCAAAAAUCCCUACCUGGCUUAAACCUGCUGCUUAUUCCUUUCCAUCACACUUGAAAGCCUUACUUCAGGGAGAUCUGCAGAAAGAAUUUAGUCUUGGCCUACUAUCUCAGUGUCAUAAUUACAUUGGCAUUUUUUUAAUAUUCUUCAGGCAGGUAACUUCACUAGUAGUUAUAUAAUGCCUAUUAUAUAUUAUAUAAUAAUUAAUAUUUAUAUUAAUAUAAUAAUAAAGUAAUUAUAUAAUAGCCUAUUCUUUCACAAAAGGUGCACCCCUCAGGUCUUGUAUUGCAUAACUGGAUUAGCAAGCUGGCUGCUCACCUGCCUGUAGCAGGAUUGCUGACCUUAGAGACAAGCUGCCAGCAAGCUCUGCCAGAGCCAGAGGAGAGAGAAGGGAAAACUGGGCACAUGAACAGUCUCAGGACUGCUGGGGAAUGAAACUGCCAGGACUUUGUUUGUUAGCUGUCUCAUUUGUAAGAUGGAGUGUCUGAGGCUGAGUUUAUACAUCUGUUACAGAGGGUCUGCAUGAGUGUUUUCACCUUAAGACUGCUAGCUCUUCCAUAUUUGUUUAAUUUUGGUAUGAAGUAAUUUUUUUUUCUUUGCAAAAGUAAAGAGUUAGUCUUGGGAAGGCUUAGCUAGAUCUCAAAAUGUACUCCAUUUAUAAAGCCUAGAUCUCUGAACUUUGGGUUUGAAAUCAUGAUUUGCAGGGAAUUCUUAGGGCACUGUUAACAUCUUCACUUCAGUCUUGAGGUCAAAUUGCUGGACUGGAACUGGGAGACUAGGAUGGUUUAAUUCCAUGUCCUCAGCAGGAUUUUUGCAUAGCUUAAUUCACUUAAUUGUUCUGUGUAUCAGUUACCUGUUCAGAACACGGGGAUAGUUGUUCUUGCUAUACUUUAAAUUGUCAAGUGGAUUGUGAUUUGCUUAAAGGUUGUAUGAUGAAGCAUGUACAAUGAGAGAAGAGGAAGCAGUCUCUUAGAGAAUGAGUGUAAAUCAACAGGGCAUCCCUAUUUUUUUCUGUAAUUGUUACCAUCAUAUUCUCUUAAUGUAGCUGCACCACUGACUUAGGUCUAUAUAUGCUAAGUAAUUCCUAUUUAUAAUCCGUCACCUAUCUAUCUUCAUGCCUUGUUUUUAAUUCUUUCAAUGCAUGUUACUUUGUUAUUGGAAUCAAGCUUCUUAUUGCCCAUUCCUCUAAAUAGUUUAGAUACCUCUGAAAUACCUUUUUUCCUGUUCUGAAUAUACUCAGGAACUCCCAGGAGCAAAUCUCUCUGCUUCAUAUUUAAUCCAUCUCUUCCAGUCCAAAAAAUAAAUAUUCCUCUUCAGAAAUCAAGCCUUCCUUUUAUCUACCCACUUCCAGCAGUUUUGUGGAAAAUUGAGAUCAUAAUAUUCUAUUCGUUAUGAUCACUCUAACAAUUUUUUGCCAGAUACAGAUGUGAAACUUGCUAGUUUGUAAGUGCUUGGUUCAUAACCUCAGGCAUAUGUUAAAACACAAAUAUGGUACUCAUGUUCUCCAGAACAAUGGCUGUGUAUCAUAAAAGACUCCAUUUGCUGUGAAUUAUUAAGACACUUCAUUCAUAAAUCUCACAAGGAUGCAGUCACCUGGGAUAGUAAUAUACUACAGGAAGCUGAAGAAGUUGGUCACCUCCUGAGGUGUCCACAGUACCCUUACAUGUUAAGGUAGAGUAGUAAAAGUAGAAGUGGAAAUAUUGCACCCCCAAAAAUGG